AUGGGGGGCAAAUCUGCAAACAAGGCCGGGUACUUCGACAAGCUCAAGGGCUUGCUCGAGGACCACAAGUCGGUCUUCAUCGUCACGGUCGACAAUGUCUCGUCCCAGCAGCUGCACCAGAUCCGCCACGCUCUGCGUGGUGAGGCUACUAUUCUGAUGGGCAAGAACACCAUGGUUCGCCGUGCUCUGAAGACCUUCGUCAACGAUACCCCCGAGUAUGAGCGUCUUCUGCCCCACAUCAAGGGCAACAUUGGCUUCGUCUUCACCAACGGCGACCUCAAGACGAUCCGUGACAAGAUCCUUGAGAACAGGGUUGCCGCUCCCGCCCGUGCUGGUGCCGUCGCCCCUGCCGACGUCUGGGUUCCUGCUGGCAACACUGGUAUGGAACCUGGCAAGACCUCCUUCUUCCAGGCCCUCGGUGUCCCCACCAAGAUUGCCCGUGGUACCAUUGAUAUUACCUCGGACCUGAGGCUCGUCGAGGCCAACACCAAGGUCGGCCCCUCCGAGGCUACCCUGCUCAACAUGCUCAACAUCUCCCCCUUCACCUACGGCAUGGGCAUUACCCAGGUCUACGACCAGGGCCAGACUUUCGAGCCCUUCGUCCUCGACGUUGGUGAGGAGCAGCUCCUCAAGACCUUCGCCAACGCCGUCACCACCAUUGCCUGCGUCUCUCUCGCCAUCAACUUCCCCACCAUCCCCUCGGUCGUGCACUCGUUCUUCAACAGCUACAAGAACGUCCUCGCCGUUGCCGUCGAGACCGAGUACUCUUGGCCCGAGGUUGACGAGCUCAAGGACCGCAUUGCCAACCCCGAGGCCUACGCCGCGGCCGCUCCUUCCGGUGCCGCUGCCGGCGGUGCCCAGGAGGAGAAGAAGGAGGAGAAGAAGGAAGAGUCGGAGGAGGAGUCGGACGAAGAGGGUGGCUUCGGCGAUCUCUUCGGCUAA